GGUGCGCGGAGCGGCGGUUCAGCGUCUCCAGAAGCGGUUCGGCCCAGUCAUUCGCCUAAGCGCCCAGGCCCGGUGCGCGCGUGCGUGAGCGCGCUUGCGCCCCGGGGCCGCUGCAAGGGAAAAAGAGCGGCAGCCUCAGGAGGAUCCCACAUCCCCCCAGAAAUUACUCAAUGCUGAAACCUUUCAAAGUGACAUUAGAGACGUUGGAAGCACCAUGGAUGGGUUUUAUGAUCAGCAAGUCCCUUUUAUGGUUCCAGGGAAAUCUCGAUCAGAGGAAUGUAGAGGGCGGCCUGUGAUUGACAGAAAGAGGAAGUUUUUAGACACAGAUCUGGCUCAUGAUUCCGAAGAGUUGUUUCAGGAUCUCAGUCAACUUCAAGAGGCUUGGUUAGCUGAAGCACAAGUUCCUGAUGAUGAACAGUUUGUCCCAGAUUUUCAGUCUGAUAACUUGGUGCUUCAUGCCCCACCUCCAACCAAGAUCAAACGGGAGCUGCACAGCCCCUCAUCCGAGCUGUCGUCCUGCAGCCACGAGCAGGCUCUUGGUGCUAACUAUGGAGAAAAGUGCCUCUACAACUAUUGUGCCUAUGAUAGGAAGCCUCCCUCUGGGUUCAAGCCAUUAACCCCUCCUACCACCCCCCUGUCACCCACCCAUCAGAAUUCCCUAUUUCCCCCACCUCAGGCAACGCUGCCCGCCUCUGCACAUGCCCCUGCAGCGGGCCCUGUCCAAGGGGUGGGCCCUGCCGCUGCCCCUCAUUCGCUUCCAGAACCUGGACCACAGCAGCAAACCUUUGCAGUCCCCCGGCCACCACAUCAGCCCCUCCAGAUGCCAAAGAUGAUGUCGGAAAACCAGUAUCCAUCAGAACAGAGAUUUCAGAGACAACUGUCUGAACCCUGCCACCCCUUUCCUCCUCAGUCAGGAGUUCCUGGAGAUAAUCGCCCCAAUUACCACCGGCAAAUGUCAGAACCUAUUGUCCCUGCAGCUCCUCCACCCCCUCAGGGAUUCAAACAAGAGUACCAUGACCCACUCUAUGAACAUGGGUUACCAGGCAUGCCAGGGCCCCCAGCACAUGGAUUCCAGUCACCAAUGGGAAUCAAGCAGGAACCCCGGGACUACUGCGUUGAUUCAGAAGUGCCUAACUGCCAGUCAUCCUACAUGAGAGGAGGGUAUUUCUCCAGCAGCCAUGAAGGUUUUUCAUAUGAAAAGGAUCCCCGGUUGUACUUUGAUGACACCUGUGUUGUUCCUGAGAGGCUGGAAGGCAAAGUCAAACAAGAACCCACGAUGUAUCGGGAGGGGCCCCCUUACCAGAGACGCGGCUCCCUUCAGCUGUGGCAGUUCCUGGUUACCCUUCUUGAUGACCCAGCCAAUGCCCACUUCAUUGCCUGGACAGGCCGAGGCAUGGAGUUCAAGCUGAUAGAACCCGAAGAGGUUGCUCGGCGUUGGGGCAUCCAGAAGAACCGACCCGCCAUGAACUAUGACAAGCUCAGCCGUUCUCUACGCUAUUACUAUGAAAAGGGCAUCAUGCAGAAGGUGGCUGGGGAGCGAUAUGUCUACAAAUUUGUCUGUGACCCAGAUGCCCUUUUCUCCAUGGCCUUCCCUGACAACCAGCGUCCGUUCCUGAAAGCAGAGUCUGAGUGCCACCUCAACGAGGAGGACACCCUGCCACUGACCCACUUUGAAGACAGCCCUGCUUACCUCCUGGACAUGGAUCGCUGCAGCAGCCUCCCCUAUGCUGAGGGCUUUGCUUACUAAGUUUCUGAGUGGCUGAGCGGCCAAACCCUAGAGCUAGCAGUUCCCAUUCAGGCAAACGAGGGCAGUGGUUUUGUUUGUGUUUUUGGCUGUUCCUAAAGCUUGCCCUUUGAGUAUUAUCUGGAGAACCCAAGCUGUGUCUGGAUUGGCACCCUUAAAGACAGACACCUUGGCUGGGGAGUGGGAACAGGGGAUGGCAGAAAACCACCAAAAGGCUGUUGCCUCAGCGCUGAUCCUGACAAGGUUUCUGGGAGGAGAUUGAAAUGGACCCUCCUUCCUAUGGACGAUAUAUGCAAAGCAAUACCUUGUUCAGGUUAGUACCCACAGAUGGGGACAGAGUGUGUGACAAUCUGCAUUGGUCAUGGACUACUAAAUGCCUUUACGCAGAAGGGCUCUGAUUUGCACAACUUAUUAAGAACAGUAGGUAGGCUAAGUUGGGGAGGCUCAAACCAUGAAGGGUUACAAAUAUAUCUUGAAACUCAGAGAGCUCUUCUCGCUCAAUCUGAAACAUUCCCCCUAGGUCUAAAAAGAAAGGGGGAGAGUCAGAACAGCUGUUACCCACUCCAUGGUUCUCAAAUAAUAAACCAUUGCUACUCUGUUGGGAACUUUCUGGCCAUGUGGUCACCAAGUAGAACAAGUCCCCUUUCCCUUCCCAGUCACAUGGCUGUAUGUGGAUGGCUUUAAUUUUAGGAGAAGGGUGAUGAACACUUUUGACAGUAUUUUGUUUUGCUUUGAUUCGGGGGAUUGUUUUGUUUUGGUGGUUGUUUUGGAAAAACAGUUUAUAAACUGAUUUUUGUAGUUUUGGUAUUUAAAGCAAAAAAAAACCUUUUGGUAACUCUGCACUGCGUCCUUUGGACAGGGCGGUGCCAACUUAUGAAGACGCUGCAGCUUGAAAGGGGCUUUGCUGGGGGCUUCCCCUUAGCCGUGGAUAAGCCCACUUUAUUGCCUGCUUUGUGCUUUCUGCACCAGACAGCCUGAUGGCACAUUUGCACCUGAGUUGUACAUUUUUGAGGUGUGCAGGGCAGCCUGGACACACCGCUUAGAUUCUAUGUGUAUAGUUCCCCGUGUUCUCUAACACGCCUCUGGAAAGCAUAUGUACAUAAUCCACGUCAUGUGCAUUUGAAACCUGGUCACUUGGUGGGAACCCUGGGGAAUUCUUCCCUGGGCAGGACUGAUGACAAUUUCCAUUUCAUCAGUUUGUUUUGUUUUCCUUUAAUUCUUGGACUUUAAACCCUGCAUAUGAUUCAAUAGGGUUUGAGACUCAUGUGUGAUGCUGACAGGUUAAAAAAAACCAAAAACCAAAAAAAAAACAAAAAAAAAACAGUGCUAGCAUCUUAGUUUCCUGCCACCUUUAAAAAAAAAAAGUUCUUUUCUGAUGGCUGUAUAAUAUUGGAAAAGUUUUGAACAACCAAGCUAAAGCUAUGUGAAAGUUGAGCUCUAAGUAUAGGACAAGUUUUUAGAAAGUGGUAGUACUUUACUGCCUGCUCUGAUGGUAGAAUCCGCGCUCCCCACGAAACAGCACACUAGGAACUGCUGGGCGGGUAUUCAGACGCCUGUGACAGUGCAGAUUCCGUGAGGGUGACACGUGCUUUGAAUUGCUUUUCUAUUAACGGAGCACUCCAUAAUCGCAGUCCUCCUUAUGACCAGCAGCACAUUUGUGAAGAGGUUCACGGGGACGAGGGUGCAUUUUAUAGCAAUGGAAACAUAAGGUUUUCCUCUGUUGGAAGCUAAUUGGCCCACAAAGGUAUUGAACCUACAACUUGGGCCUUAAUUAGCAUUGUACUCUAAUCAAAGGACUCUUUCCAAACCAUAUUUAUAGCUUUCUAACCUAUACAUAGAUGCAUAAUUUACCCCCAGCUGGCUAGAGAUUUAUUUGUUGUACAUGCUGUAUAGGAUUUGGUUUUCCUUUCUCUCCUCCUGGUUUGGGUUUUAUUCUGAUGGAUUUAUGCUGUCUUAGCAAGUCUGAGAAGGCCCCUCUGUAACCUGAGCUACCCCUCCCUGCCGUAACUAUGUGGCCUGUGCUGUCACGAGAUAUAGGACAGCGCUUCACCAUUGCAUUCCCAUCGGACUCACGCACCUCCUGGGUGGUUUUGGGGUUUUUAUUUGUUUUGUUUCGUUUUGUUUCUGUUUUUUUGCUUCUUUUCCAGAGUGUGGAAGGUCUACAGUGCAGAAAGGCUUCACCUGCCAGUUGAUUUGAAAUCCUUUCCCCUGCGCAGGGCCGUAUGCAUCCUGCCAAGCUGCGUUAUAUUCUGUACUGUGUACAAUAAAGAAGUUUGCUUUCAGUUUA